AUGAAAACAAUGGAAAACGACUCGCCUAACUUGUUUGACAGCGAACCGAUGUCGGUAAAGCUGACUUUUCCCGAAAACACCAGCAGCAGCAACGAUGACAUAUUGACUGAAAUAUUAGAAGAAAUACAUGAAGAAGACCGCAGACCCGCUAUCGUAGAAAAUGACAGCCAGAUGACUGACUGUAAUGUCAAUAAACCACCAAUUGGUACCUUCGAAUAUCACACCGAUGAUUCGGAUGACGAAAAUGACAGAACAGCCGACGAUUUACUGGUGGAUGUCGAUCCGGACCAGUCAACUGAAUCGCUGAAAGAGGAUUCCCCAAACGUCAAGACGAAAGAUAUCCAUAAAGGGCUACCGCCUGGUCGAGUGAAGUUAAUCAUGAAAAUGGACCCGGACGUCAAUAUAGUGGCUGGCGAUGCAGUGUUCCUGCUCACAAAGGCGACAGAGCAAUUUGUUGGGCUUUUGGCGCAACACUGUCACAAAGAGAUGGUAGCAACCAACAAAAAAACAUUGCAAAAGAAGCAUAUUGACACUGUGAUUGAAGACAAUGUACCAUUUGAAUUCUUAGAAGGUGCAUUAGAUUGGUAAAACCAUUUUAAUUAUAUACACUAUUUUUUUCCUUUAUACAUUUUGUAUUAUAAUAGUAAAUAAAUAUAAUAUAUCAAUAUAACAGUAUUGA